AUGGACGGCAGCAGGUCUCGGUCGCUUUUCUGGAAGUGCGGCGGUCAACUCGAAGAGCUGCUGCAAACUUCAACGUGGACCGUCUAUUUGCGUGUAGGUGAACCUGCGCUGAUGCUGCGCCUAACAACAGUGGCAAGAUGCGCAGCCAUUGUUCGUGACUUGGCGUGCGAGAACCACUCCAAGAACCUGUGGAAAUCGUCGCCUGUAUGGGCAGAGAUGUCGCACAUGUGGCAAUUCGACGAAGGAGCCGUCUGCUUCGUCAAAGCGGCCGAACAAGUUGUUGACGUGAGCGUGGGUACUGGUUCCCUGGCCAAACGCACAGUUGACUUUAAAGGUCGUUUGACGUACUGUAUGGGAUCGUUUCCAAUCGUGGAAGAAAAUCAGUUGGAGAUGACGUCGAUUCGUUUCCAAUCCGGUGUUACACAGGCGCAUCGCUCUUAUAUACUUUUGGCUAAAAAAAUUCUAGAAUGGCCUAACUUUUAUCAGAGUCGCCCAAAAAUCGUGUUUUAUCUCCAAGCGUCGCAUUUUUCUCAAAGAAAAUAG